CUUCUUCAUCCCAGCGCUCAGCUGCUCAGCCCUGCUCCUCCCGCACGCGCUCCUUCAUCCUCCCUGCCGCGACAAGCUUCUGCUCCAGCCAUGGCCGCGCCCUGGGAUUUGCCGGAGCUUUGUCGCGCCCGGCCUGCUCCUCUGCCCCAGCUCGUGUUGCUCCCUUCCAUUGCGGCUGAGCUCUCUAGCUCGGAUUCCGCUCGGCUGACCGCGCAGCUCCUGCGCGUGCUUCCUCUCUGCUUCUCUCUCCCUCUCGGCGCUCUGCUCCCAUGCCGCGCGCCCCUGUCCUAUUUCCCUGCGCGCCGCCGUGCCCUCAGCUCGCCGGCUGCGACCCCUGCUCGGGGUUUCCUGGUGCCGUGCUACUGCGCGCGCUCGCUCCAGCUCGAAUUUCCUCUGCCAAGCCAGAUUCCUCUACGCUGAGGCCCUGCUCGACCGCGCGUCCUUGGGUUCCAGCUCGCCGUCGAAGCUCUCCUGCCGCGCACGGCUCCCAUGGCGCGCCUUUGCCGAACUCGUGGUCGCGGUCUCGUCUUGCUGCCGCAGCCGCGCCUACUGCCGCGCAUGGCCUGCUCCCUUGUGCGCGCUCUGCUUCCUCGCCGAGCUCGUCCCUGCGUGCCGAGGUCGCGCGCAGCUUUCCCAGCUCGUCGGUGUUCCCAGCUCGCCCUGUCUGCGCGCCGCGCUCCCUUGUCGUGGUUUUCUGCUUCCUUGUCGCGCGCGCAGCGUUUCGUUGUCCCUCGUCGUGCCGAGUUCUCCUCUGCACGCAGUCGCGUCUUGUUUCCUGCUUGCCAGUGCGCUCUCUCGGCUCGCUCGGCUUUAAUUCCCAAUCGCGUUGUCAACCUCGUCGUUCGCCGUCGUUCGUCGUCCUCCAGUCCCGGUUCGACCCAUCCGUGCGUUCGCUCCUCAUCCAUCGGGCUUCGUGUGUGCUUGUCGUUUGCCGUUGAGUCGUCGAACCCGUCGUCCCUUGCUCAACCCCCACCUCGCCAGCUCGCUUUAAACACGAUCUCGUCGUCUGCAAGUCACCAAGAAACUCCAUGAAUCGGGUGAAGACGAAGCAAGCAGCGUGGUGUUCACCAAGUGCGCGACAAAAAGCUCGAACAUCCUGCGCGAUUCAAGUUUGAUUCAUCAAAAUUAUUUAGUCGAGGAGAAGAUCUUCAGCAAUUGAUUACCGAAGAAAGAAGACCCCUGGAUGACGUCAACCGGAACUGUAGUCGUGCUUGCGACUAUCGCGUCGAAUUAGUUAGGGUAAGCAAAUUUGUUAUUCAUAUUAGCGGAUUGAUGGAUGGUUUGACUAGGUAAAAUAUUUAUUAGAUUGUCUG